GGCCAGAGUGCAUUGUGGGGCGGCUGAUGCCGAGGGACGGGCUGGAUGCAGCGUCGUCUGCUGGUGUGGCGCUGGCGGGAAAGCUGUUUGUAUUCACUUGACGAUUAGAGCUCCUCCAUUCUUCUCUGCUUCGUUUGGGAGCCUUUUGCACAUCACCACGAUCCGCUUCAAAUCGCCCAUAACGACCGCGAGCCCGUUCUCGAAGAUCGCUAUGUACUCAAUCUCCAGAUUGCGCGGGGAAGCAGCUCUCCGGGCAGGAAAGCAAGUCCGCUUCAUGACAACAGAAGCCCGUCAGAAACCAGUUUCUCCUCAUAUUGGAUUCUACAAGACAUUCACGAGACCUAUUGCGAAAGUUCUUCUGAUGGCCACAUUCACAUACCAAUUUGUAUACUGGGGAUGGGUAUAUCUUGAGAAGGACGAGAUCAAAAAACAGAAGAGUGCAGAAGUCGAAGUGUUGGAAAGGAAAUUGGCCGAGUUGACGCAGAUGAAAGGGAAGAAGCCCUGAAGUUGCAGAAGGAUGUGAGUGAAAAGGAUGCACUUCAUCCCCUACGCAGAUAUCCAAGCUAUCGAGCCGCGGGGUGUUAUCGGUGAUAUGGAGUCUUGCGGCGGAAAGAGACUCGUUGGCAAUGGCCUGGUGAAAGGAAGGGUGGUGAAAGAUAUGCAUAGGUAUGGCAGAAGGCAGACACAACUGAAAUAGCCCUUGCGGCUCCAACUCACCAGAGAAGCCUUUCGGUCCUGGUCGAUUGCUGUACUAUGGGAUUCGAUGGCACUGGUUGGGACCCUUAUCCAACUCUGAUACUUCCGACGAGAUGUUUCCAUUUCUCAAUUAAUUUGGCACUUUUCGAGUGCUGCUUAUCUGCUCUUGCUUGUGUUGCCGCGUUUUGCAUUGUACGGUGCGUCUUUCUUUUUUGUACUUGUAUCCACCACUUUCCAGUACCGAACAGAAACAUUCGCAUUGUUUCCUGGCCUCGGGUUCACGUAGCUAAUGUGCUACGCAUCUUUUGUGCCGCCACAAGAGAGCUGGGAGUCACUGAUCAGUGAUCC